GAAUCACUACGUUUUAAUUUGAUUACUGCCACGAUAACCGUGACUUCUCAAAAAGUCAAAUAGGUAUUUUGCAACAAAAACAAACGGAAAUGGGAGAACGGGCACCGGUAUCUGCAGAAGAGACGUUAGUCCGUUACGACAACCCAGUGUUGGUGACUAAAAGACAGGAAAAAGUUCCUUCCCCGAGAGCUGGCGCUUCAACACAACCGUGCGUACCCACCGAAGCAAAGAAAGAAACUGAAGAGAUCUUAAAUGCUAUUUUACCCCCGAAAGAAUGGGAGGAAGAUGGACAAAUAUGGACACAAAAGAUUUCUUCUACUCCGGCGACCCGUUUGGACGUGAUAAACCUGCAAGAAAUGCUCGAUACUCGUCUGCAGCAGAGACAAGCCAGAGAAACCGGUAUAUGUCCAGUUCGAAGACAAUUGUACACCCAAUGUUUUGAUGAACUUAUCAGACAGGUAACGAUAAACUGUGGGGAAAGAGGACUACUUCUGCUGAGGGUGCGGGAUGAGGCACGAAUCACUAUGGAAGCUUACCAGACCUUAUAUUGCAGUUCUAUCGCGUUCGGUAUGAGAAAAGCUCUACAGUCGGAACAAGGGAAAUCAGAUCUCAUGGACCAAGUGGCUAAGUUAGAAGCGGAACGGUCGACCUUGGAGAAGCAAUGUAUGGAGUUAAAGCAGAAAACGGAACAGUUGGAGAGACGGGCCGCGGAACUUAGGGCCGCUGAAGAGAAACGACAUCAAGAGGAAUUGUUAGCUUUGAAGAAAACUAACGCUCAGUUGAAAGCGCAACUGGAAGGAAUUAUAGCACCCAAGAAGUAACUACCCGUCAAAAAUUAAACUGUUAAUAGUUUUAAUACUUUUAAGUUCUUUUAUUAAUAAUUAAUGAAAUGUAAAUUUUAUCAUACGUUACAUGUUUGUUGAUAGUAAAAUGUUAAACGAUAAAUGAUGAAUUCGAAAUAAAAUGAAAAGUUAUUAAUUUUAUUAAAAUAUAUAUUAAACCAUUUAGUUGGGACAAACAUACAAUAAUUUCAUUAGUUUACAAUGCACGUAUUUACUCGCUAAAAACCUUAAAAGGUAUCAAGGACACACAUUUAUGAAACACUCGUUGAACAUGCCAAAAGUACAUUACAAAUUAAUUUAAAUAUAUCAAAUACAAAUUUUCGAAUAAUAUAUCGAUUCUUACGGAAUCUUUUGUAACAAACGUUUGCAUAAUAAUUUAAUUAAAUUUAAAUAUACUGCAAGAUAAUUAAUACAUUGGCAGACUUUAUAUUCAAAUGCACACAUUACCUUAAACUAUGUAUAGGAAAAAAUACAUAAUAUCGUAUUGUAUAAAAUUAAUUAAAUCAAAAUUAUGUUUAAAUGAAAUCAAAGUGACAAUUUAUAAAUUAUAAAAAAUCUCAUUUGAGAAUAAAAGGCACCACAUAACUAAAAUACGCGUAACAUAAAAAUAAUAUAUGAAAAUAAAUACUGUUGAAAUUCAUACAUAAAUGAUUUUUUAAAGAUUAUCUAAUUGUAUACUUCUAUGAUUGGUCGUCUGUGUGAUGCCAACUUAUUAAAACAAAUUGUUACAAAUAAUGAAUACUGUAUUUUUGAUGUUAUUUACAUUUAUUUGACGUUCCCCAUAUAAUUAUCAUUUCUAGUUACAUCAUUUGUUUCCUAUCCAGGUACAUUAAACAUUCAGUCACAUACCAAUAACUUGAACGGAAUGAAAGUGAUUACAAUUAAAUACGUAAAGUAUUCAAGAAUAUAUUAUAAUUAUUAUAAUAAUAAUAAUACCAAAAUAGUAUAACACCUAUUUAUUUUAAUUAAAAUAAAAUCUCCGUCGCGAAAUCAAUGUUACAUAAAAUUAUUAAAAAAAAAAAAAAUUGUGAUAAGUCAAAAUGCUAUUAGAAACACGUAUCGUUGGUCGAUUUCUUCAAAACUCAAUAGAAUAAAAAUCGGUGGAAUUCGUAAGUUUAUUAUCACAGUUGCAAUACAAAAAUAAUGAUGGAAUUUUUUUUUUUUUU